AUGGUUUCCUCGAUGCCAGCUGCUCCAACUGAAGUACAAAUCAACGGCCACUUGGUUUCACCAAUUACGUCGGCUCCUCAAAACGAAGAAGAUAACGAUUUCACAUUGCUUUCAUCCACUGCACCAGCUCAUCUGGAUCAAGGAGGCAAUAACAUCGACGCUCUCUUGUCACUCGGCCCAGUCUACCAAAAUGACAUGGAAAACAUCAUGGCGGAUAUGAGCAAGGCAGCUGAUGAUAUACAAUUCAACUUUAACCUUGAGUUUAAGCGCUUUGAUAACGAGUUCAACUACCUUUUCUAA